ACGAAAAAUAGCUGCAAACGUUUUAGAAGAAACUAAGAGGAGUAAAGAAAAUGUUCAUCUGGGUGAAACCAUUAUAUGUCAUGGUGGUGGUGACACAGUUAUCAUUAUGCAAAUGAUUACAUUGCCUAAAGAUAUGGUUCAACAACGAACUCAAGAAAGUUUUGGUAAACUCAAACGAACUCUCGAAAAAAUUGAACAUAUCGGUCAUGUUAUCGUACAUUGGGAAUUGUAA